CUCUUCUUCCUCUCUUUCCUUUUAAAUCCUUCUAUUUUCAUUCUCCUCCACCACAACCCAACAACACACAACACACAACUCUAAAACAUCCGCCACCCACCGCCUUGUACAAAACUUCACAAACAAAAAGGAAAAUGAGACAUGGUAGGACUCAGUGUAAUCUUAGAAACUCGGAAAUGCGACGUCGUCACUGAGUCAUCUCGUCAAGUCAUUGACAAAGCUACCCUUAUCAUGAUUAACAACAACAACCACAACCACCGCCACCACUCUCUUUCUUCUUCCUCUUCUUCUUCUUCUAAAUCUCCAAGAUUUCUGGAGCGCUGCUUUCUGUGCGCCCAGAAGUUUCUCCCCGGAAAAGACAUCUAUAUGUACCAAGGGGACAAGGGCUUCUGCAGUGAAGACUGCAGAUGCCGGCAGAUUUUCAUGGACGAAGAAGAAACAAUGGUAGAUGCCGGAAACUGCUCGUUCGCCGCCGCCAUUAACCCACAAACCACCGCUACUUCUCCCUCUCCUCCACCUUCUCGCCUGCCUAAACCCACCAAAAACCACUCCACAGGUUUUGCUUACUGAGCCUCGUCAAACCAUAAAUCGUCUUUCUUUUCUGUAAUUUUCAGCUGUGAAUUUAUCUCGGUUUCUUUUUCUUCUUCUUGUUUUUUUUUUUUUUUUUUGGGUGGGUGUGAUCUCUGAAUAUGAAACUAAGGAGAAGAAGAAUGUUCCUUUUUUCAAAAAAAAAAAAAGAAGAUUUAAUUAGCAAAAAGACUUCUAUAGAUAUAUUAAGACAAAAGGUGGAUAUUGUAUUAAUGGAUUUUCCCCUUUUUUGUGUGUGGAAAAGAAAUGAGUUCUGUUUUCUUAUUCUUUUUUGUCAAGCAUUGAUGUAUAACUAAAUAUAAGAAAGCAUAGGGAAAGUUAUGUUUGUUUUUGGAAA